AUGACACAAGUCAGGCUGAAGGUUUGCAGUUACACUGGCAAGGAAAAUCACGAUGCUGCUGCGGCUGCCGCUGCUUUAUUUAACUCUAUUCAGCAGCAGCAGCAGAUUCCUCCUCCGGGGGCUCCAAAUGUUGGACUCUAUGAGCAACCUUGGAAUCAGACUCAGAAUCAGUAUCAACAGCAAAGCUUUGUGGAGAUGAUGAAUGAGCAAAUGGGGUUUCAGUUCAUGGGUCAUAACCACCACCACCACCACCACCAACCGCAGCAGCAGCAGAUCCCCGGUGAUUCCUCCAUCGCUCCGGCAGCCGCCAGCUCAAGCAGUGCGAAACCCCGUUACCGGGCCAAACCCCACCACCAACCCCAUUUGGUUCCCAUAGGAUUUUCGAGAGUUGAUUACGAGGUAGUUGGUCAGCACCUUGCGGGCAUGAGUUGUUUUUGA